AUGAAACCUCAGGCAAAUCACGCCGAAUCUAUAAUAAACAGCCUUACGAAAAAACUAGAAGAAGAAGAACGAUCCAACGAAGAAUCCAAAGAAGCGUUGAGAAAGUUACGAGAGGACGACGAAAAGUAUAUACUACGAGAAAAAAUCACUGAUGUGAAACAACUUUUAACGAACGUAGAAGUCGAAAAUACAAAAUUGAAGUUCGAAAAUGAGCAAUUAUUGGAAGAUCUAGAACAAUAUAAGAAGCAGUUGAAUGAAGCGGUCGAAGAAUCGAAGAAUGUCGCGAAACAAUGUUACUUGCUCGAAGAUGAAAAAGAUAAACUGAAACAAACCAUUUCCGAUUUGGAGAAAGAGAAGAUUCGAAUAAAGAAAAAUAUGAUAGAAGAAAUGAACGACGCGAAUAGAGCGAAAAGAGUAUCGAUAGAUACAGAAAUAGCUUUGCAACAUAUUUCAGAAGCUUACGAGAAUAAGAGGAAGGAAGUUAGUAAGCUAACUCAGCAAUUACAAGACGCUGAAAGCAUCAUUAGUCAUUUUAAGGAGCAAUUUGUGCCUGUGUUGUAUUAA